AUGACUGACAAAGAACCCACCGCAGCUGAAGAGGCGGCCGCCCGCCAAAAGGAGAAGGCCGAGCAGGAUGCCCUCCCAUACGGCUGGACGCAGACAAUUGGAGAUGUGGACAUCACCAUCACUGGCAUACCGGGCAACUUCAAGGGCAGAGACCUGGUCGUGGACAUCAAGAAGCAGAAGCUGGCGGCCGGCGUGAAGGGCAAGGACCCUGUGAUCCAGGGCGACCUCCCCCACCCCAUCCACGUCGACGAUUCCACCUGGACGCUGGUCACCGCGCCCGACGGCACCAAGACCAUCGAGAUCCACCUGGACAAGGUGAACAAGAUGGAAUGGUGGCCCCACGUGGUCACGGACGCGCCCAAGAUCGACGUGACCAAGAUCACGCCCGAGAACAGCAAGCUGUCCGACCUGGAUGGGGAAACGCGCGGCAUGGUCGAGAAGAUGAUGUACGACCAGCGCCAGAAGGAGGCAGGGCUGCCCUCCAGCGACGAGCAGAAGAAGUUGGAUAUCCUCAAGAAGUUCCAGGAGCAGCACCCCGAGAUGGACUUUAGCAAUGCCAAGAUGAAUUGA